AUGUCGCAGCAGGAUUCUGGGGCAGCUGAUGCCCCGCCACAGCAGCCUGCGCAGCGAUCUGCGUCACCAUCGAACAGUUACUAUGCGCUGAGCGACGACGAGGAGGGCGAAUACAACACCAUCAGAAAUGCCGAAACGGGAAAGGGAGUGAAGCUUCUCUUCUCCAAGAGCAAGGUUUACGUUCAUCCAUCGCCCUCCUCCAAGGACAACAUCCCAGGUUAUGUCGCACUGCUUCAGCAACGAGGUCAUCGUGAAGAGCGCCCUUCUUCAUCUUCGUCUCGCGAUACGAAUAUUGCUGCUUCAGAUCUCCUUCUCGCCUGGAUCCCCGAGUCGUCCCUUGGUGAUUCAGCCAACAUAUAUGUCAAGGUAGACCUUUGCGAUGGCGACUCACCCCCGAAACAGUCCUACCUGGUUCCUCCUCCACCGACCGUUACGAGCCAUGUCGGGUCCGUUGGUGGGUAUGCUUUUGCGAUUCCCGUAAGCGCUGUCUAUUCGCUCCUUGUCCGCCCUCCGAGUCUGGGCUGGUGGUAUGGAUCCGUUAUCAUCAACACCCGUGCAGGCGAAAGUUUCCCGGCUCUAUUCUUCCACGACAAUGAGUGUCAAAGCACGAUUCUUCAAAAGAAGAAGAUGACCCGUGACACAUUUGAUCCAUUUGGAGAGUCGGGGCAGAUGUUCUGGGGUGGCGAUGAGGUGGUCAAGUGGCUGCGUCGUUAUGUUAAGAUUGAGCGAUCUGGCGCAGAACCCAACAUUUACUUGAUCGAGCCUUCAAAGGAGGACAGUGAGGCCUUUGGCCACAAACCUACUUCGAGCGCAUCGCAGGCUGCUGGCCAGGACAGCUCUGUAGGAACGCAGUCGCGUGGCGCCGGAGGUCCUUCGAACCGAGAUGCAGAGAUGGACCCAUUCGUGAAGUUGAUCAAGGAGACUGGAUGGAACUUGAUGGAGAAGUUCAGCAAGGUAACCACCUUUACGCGGAGGGCAGCUCAAGACAUUGUCGAGAACCCCAACUUGCCGCCGCAAGUUAGGCGACUUCUUAGGAACCCGGAGGUCCAGACUCUUCAAGAUGAGUUUGACAGCGCUAGGAUUUAUCUAGCUCGCUGGGCUAUGGGCAUCCAGGAGCAGAGUGAUCGCGACCGCAGACAGAGGAUAUGGUCCGCCAAUGAUGUGAUGGAGCUUGAAGAUACCGAUGUUGGUGAAUUCGAGCUAUUAGAAGGGGCCAGUAACCUGUCACUUGAAGAACGUCGGAAAAAGGUGACACUGAAAGAAUGGAAGACAUUUUUUGACCCUCAGAGCGGUCGGUUGUCAGUCACGAUCGAUGAGGUCAAGGAACGUGUGUUCCAUGGAGGUUUGGAUCCCGAAGACGGGGUUCGAAAGGAAGCCUGGCUCUUCCUUCUUGGUGUCCAUGACUGGUACAGCACUGCCGAUGAGAGAAAGGCACAAAUUGCUUCACUACGUGACCAAUAUUACAAGCUAAAGCUGUCAUGGUGGGAGAGACUCGAUGGCGAUGGGGGCGAGGGUGAGACAGGAGAGUGGUGGCGCGAGCAAAAGGGACGAAUUGAAAAGGACGUCCACCGAACAGACCGCAAUGUGCCUAUCUUCAUGGGCGAGGAUACACCCCACCCCGAUCCAAGUUCGCCUUUUGCCGAAGUUGGUACCAAUGUCCACCUUGAGCAGAUGAAGGAGAUGCUUCUGACCUACAACGAGUAUAAUAAAGAUCUCGGCUACGUUCAAGGGAUGUCGGAUCUGCUGGCGCCAAUCUACGCUGUAAUUCAGGAUGAUGCCGUUGCCUUCUGGGGCUUCCAGAAGUUCAUGGAGCGCAUGGAGCGCAACUUUUUGCGCGAUCAAUCUGGUAUGCGCAAUCAGCUCCUGACACUGGACCAGCUUGUUCAGUUCAUGGACCCGGCACUCUGGAGUCAUCUGCAAAAGGCGGACAGCACCAACUUCUUCUUUUUCUUCCGCAUGCUCCUAGUCUGGUACAAGCGUGAGUUUGAAUGGCUUGAUGUUCUUCGAUUAUGGGAGGGUCUGUGGACAGAUUACAUGAGUGCGAACUUUCACAUUUUCAUUGCAUUGGCAAUCCUUGAGAGGCAUCGCGAUGUCAUCAUGGAGCAUCUGCAGCACUUUGAUGAGGUGCUCAAGUAUAUCAAUGAGCUCUCAAACACCAUCGAUCUUGAGGCGACUCUUACUCGCGCGGAAUCUCUAUUCAAGCGAUUUAAGAGACUUGUCGAUGCAGUCGACAAGAAGCAAAACUUCCCUGCACCCCGGUACGACCAAAAGAGCUCGUCAGGCUCUUCUGAGCCGGCAGAGUCAGGAACUUCAAAGGAUAACAAGCCAUCCGGAAAGGGCAAAGCCACAGAACCUGCGGCACCUCCGCCACAGCCAAAGACGAUCACUCCUGAGUUGCGCAAACUAUUGAGUAAGGACAUAGAAGUUCUACCCAGGAAGACGGUCGCGCAAAAGGGCGAGGGUAUGCCAAAUAAAUGA